AUGUCCUCCAUCCGGGUUGCCGUCCGGUGCCGGCCGUUCAACGAACGAGAACGCCAGGCCCAUGCCGAGCCAGUGAUCUCGGUCAGUGGCCAGCAGAUCGCCAUCCGAAAUCCCCCCGGCAAGGGCGGUGGUGCCCCGGAGCGCAAAUUCACCUUCGACCAUGCCUAUUGGAGUGGCCCCAGCGGGACGGACGCCAGCAAUGGCGGCGAAUUCGCCGGACAGGAGAAACUUUUCGAGGAUCUCGGCCAUGAAGUUUUGCGAAAUGCUAUGGAAGGUUACAAUGCCUGCAUCUUUGCCUAUGGUCAAACGGGCUCCGGCAAGAGUUACAGCAUGAUGGGCACCGACAGCGAGCCCGGCAUCGUGCCACGCAUCUGCGAAGCCCUGUUCGCCAUCAUGUCCGGCACCAGCUCUCUGCCCUUCCUGCCAGCUGUCGAUCCGGCCUCCACCGAGACGGUCAACUACAAGAUCGAGGUCAGCUACAUUGAGAUCUACAACGAAAACGUGAAGGAUCUCUUGAACCCCACCCAGGCCGGGCAUAAUCUGAAAGUCCGCGAGCACCCGAGCCUCGGGCCGUAUGUCCAGGGACUUACCAAGUUUGUGGUCUCCUCUCCCGAGGAGUUCUACCGGAUCAUGGAGAUGGGCAACAAGACACGCACCGUGGCCUCGACGCUGAUGAAUGCCACGAGCAGUCGGUCGCAUGCCAUCUUCUCGGUGGAGUUCACCCAGCUUCGUCAGUGCGCCGUGUCCGGCCUGUCGACCGAGCGCACCAGUAAGAUCUCCUUGGAAGGCGCCUCCAUCAACAAGUCCCUGUCAACAUUGGGCCUGGUGAUCAAGGCGCUGGUGGAUCGGGAAGCCCGGCGCAGCGCCGGCGGCAACCCGGCCAGUAUUUUCAUCCCCUACCGUGACUCGGUCCUGACAUACCUGAUCCGGGACAGCCUUGGCGGCAAUUCCAAGACCAUCAUGAUUGCGGCCAUCUCCCCGGCCGCCGACAGCUACGAGGAAACCAUGAGCACGCUCCGCUACGCCGACAGUGCCAAGCACAUUGUCAACCAGGCCGUCGUCAAUGAGGACGCCAAUGCCCGGAUCAUCCGCGAGUUGCGUGAGGAAAUUCGCCAGUUGAAAUUGGCCCAGGGCGGACUGCCGCCCUCCUCGGCAUCGGAAGACGCCGCGCAGAUUGCCUCCCUGCGCGAGCGCCUCCUGGAAAAUGAGAGGCUCAUGGCCGAGAUGGCAAUGACCUGGGAGGAGCGUCUGGCCGCCUCCAAGCGCAAGGAGGCCGGCCUGCUAAACCUCAAGAGUGAUGGCUCGGCCCUGCGGCUGGAUACAACCCUGCACCAGCCGCAUUUGCUGAAUUUGAGCGACGAGCCCCAAGUGGCCGACGGCUUGGUGCUCUUCAUGAUUCGGCCCGGGCUGACGGUCAUCGGCUCGGCUCGCGGCAUGGUCGGCAUCUCUGAGGCGGAUCUUUUGCUUGGGCUACCGGAGCAUGUCACGGCGGCGCACCGGGCCACCAGUGACCCGGCAACUCCCUGCCCGGUUGUCCCGGCCGACACCCUUGUCUCUGUCGAGGGGGCAUCGCCCGAUGCCGAGCCCCAGGGACCCGAGGCGCGCGUCCACCUGACCCUUUCAUCGGGGGAUGUUCGGCCGGCACAUGCCAUCCUCUUUGAUGGCGGUCCCGAGGGGGUGUGGCUGGCCCCGGCGUGCGCGCCCUCCAGCCUGCCGGCCGAGUCCCUGGUCCAGGUGGAGGGGGUUCCAUUGCCAGCGACCGGGCCAUACCGCUUGCGCCAUGGUCAGCGCAUUGAUCUUGGCUGCCAUGUCACCUUUCGAUUCCAACACCCGCAGGAGGCUGAGGCCCUUCGCCUUCAUCGGGCUGGUGAGGGUCCUUCGCCCUAUCCUCCGGCCCAACCUGGGGAGCCCGGCUUCCGAAGGCUGUCCGGCGCCUCGGCCGACUCUCCCGGACUCCACGAGGGCUCUUUCACAUCGAGCACCGACGACGGCGCUUCCCCGGUCCAGCCAUCGCCUCGCAUGGCGGCCGAGCCCGGUGCCGAUCCCCAAAUCCCGGAGUCCGUGACAGCUGUGCCGCCGAGCUCGGGUCCCGUGGCCGAUUCACAGUUGUCUGCCGCCCUGCGUCAGGCCUCCCAUUCUGUGGCAGCUGGCGGGUUAGGUGAUCCACCGGCGGCGACCUUGGUCUCUGGUGCUGAGCCGCCCCCGGCAGUCGGGCCAUCGAUUGCCGCGGAACAGCAGCCGGGCUCCGUCGCUGAUUCAAAUCCCGUGGCGGGCCAGCCGGCGCCCUCUGGCGCCCCCGCCUCCGAGUAUCCCGAUAUCGAGAUCAGCAUCCCGCGCUAUCGGCUGGUGAAGGAUACCUCGUCCAGCGCAGUCCCCCUGCCUGGGGCCAGUGGGUCUCACCAUGUUUUUACCAUCAUCAUCAUCACCUGCGAUGCCUGCUGGCGCAUUGAGCGCCGGUUCAAGCAGUUCUACGAGCUGGAUCGCCACUUGCGCAAGGUGUCCUGCCUGCCGGACACCAUUGCCGCGCUCUUCCCCAAGAGGUACUACUUCGGCUCCACCAGCCUGAGCGUCGUCGAGUCCCGCCGCGAGCAGCUCCAGCAGUAUCUCCGAGCCGUGGUUGACUGGCUGACCAAGCGUCCGCUUUCGCCGCUGCUUCGGUCCCCUCGCGCGCGGACCCUCAUCUCCGAGCUGCCCUUCCUGGCCCCGUGUGGCGAUGAUGACCCGGUGGUCUUCGAGAGCGGCGAGCCGGGGUUGCAUUUUGCGGCUCAGCCGCGCGGCAUCGUCCCUAGCAUGGUGGCGGCCGAGGCGUCCGUCUCGCCAGCCUUCGGCGGCGGCAGUGUCGGCAGUGCCUUCUCCCUUGGCAGCGGUGGCGGCGGCAACGGCGGCCCGGCUCUCGGGCAAACACCACAGCGCCUGGCCACGGCCCCUCAGCCGGUCCAACGAUCGGCUCUCGAUUCCCGGGAAAAUGCCCCCACACCGACUCCCUCUCCAGGCGGGGGCGGCGCCGGCGGCCCUGCCCCGCUGUCCCGAUCGUCCUCCUCCUCCUUCCUGCUGGUGAAUGGGAGGGGCACCCCCCCGCGACUAUGA